AUGACAACGCCAGCGAUCCAUCAAUUACCCAUGCAUAUACUCGACCUUGUCUUUCAACACGCAGAAAGAACAACCCUUAAAAGUUGUCGGCUUGUUUGCGUAUCGUGGUAUCUUUUGGCUACACGGCAUCUUUUUCGUAGCAUUCAAAUCAAGAACACGUCUCAAAUUGAAGAAUUCAUAAACUUUCAAGAAAAUCCGGCAUCUAAUCAACUUGUUCGAUUUGGAAAAUAUGUCAAACAAGUUACUACUGGUGAGGGCAAAGGGAUGGCUGAUACGAGGAUACCAUUAGAAAAUUUUGAAAAAUUUGUCAAAUAUUGUCCCGAGGUUACAUCGGUUAGCAUUUCUCCGACUGCUUGUGGAGGCAGCUUGUAUCGUUACCUAUUUGAAUUUGACGGUAAUAUAAAAUGGAAACUUCAUAGACUUGACGAGAAGGCUAACCCUCGAUGGUUUAAAUCGGAUUAUUUCUACAAGUAUAAAGACACUAUCAAGGUCAUAAGAUGGCUCGAGGACACUGAAGAUUUUGAUUUUGUAAUAGACUUUCCGUUACUUGAAGAACUGGCUCUACCGUCGACAGCGAUUAUCACAGACAUACAAGGUUUUAUGUUCAUUUGUAAUGCAUGUCCCAACUUAAUCGAAUUAGACCUGUAUACCAACAUGAACGAUGAUGCAAGACUGGUGGCUAACUUUGCUAUAUGUCCCUCACUGAAAACUCUAAAUGUUAAAUGCCGUUCUUUGAUACCGAAAGUGUUGAUUGAUUAUAUUACUGCAGGCUUGGUCAACCUUUCAUAUGUAACCUUUUGCAUGGAAAUAACAUCAUUACAAACAAACUUUGGUGAAAUCUAUAAGCAGUUAAAAGAUUUUUUGUUUACACCUCAGAAGAAAGUAGUUUCUUUAACAUUAAGAGCAGAAACAAGAUACAGGAGUGAUAAUGAACAAAUAUAUACAAUGAUUGAUGAAUGUCUCAACGUCGCCUGUCAUCUUUCUAAGCUUAAAGCAUGUAAUUCUAUGAAAUGGACAGUAGCCAGAUCCUCAGUGCUCACCAUAGAUUUAUGCAAGUCAUGGAACCAUACAAUCGAAUGCCAAAUCAGCAUGCCCUUAAAUUUGUUUAUUUACCUUGUCGCAAUGGAUGGCUUUACAAGUAGCAAAAUGCCAAACUUUCAUAAGCUGUGCUUAGAAGUAGAAUUUAGAGGGUUCACCAUGUCAAGGGUUGUCGCUUUAUUUAUAGAAAAGGCUUGUAACUUGCAGGAAUUGACUCUUCGCGGAUACAGCUUAAAGGAUACUCAUGGCUGUGUUUUUGAAACAGUACAAACUUUGUGUAUAGAAAACUCUGUGAUUGCUGAUUAUUUUUUCAGGAGAUUUGCUAUGUCUUUUCCAAACUUGAAAGAGUUACAUCUGUACGAAGCCGGAAUGUUUUGCAUUGACCACAACUUUAAAAGUAUACUGAUAGACUUGGAUGAUAUGAACUUGCAAAAGUUGUCAUUGACUACCGAUAAGGUGUUUAGUUUUUCAAGAACUCAACCGAUACAGCUUGUAUGCAUAGAAAUACAAAAAAGACGUCAAUAUAUCAAAGUAUGUUCUGACAGGACUCCAAUGACUAUAGCAGAGGAAAGGGGGAUUACAAUCUGGAAAGCCUUGGAUGCUAGGCGUAAAUAUUUCAUAAUGUGUAAUACUCUUGUUCGCUUUAAGCUGAACAAUGUCUAUAUUGAACUGAUGGUAUAA